AAUUAGUUUAAUCAUUUGUGUUAGGUUUCUGAUUAAUCUGAAAAAUUGCAAUAUUCAUGAGAAACCUGCAUAUAGUUUCCUGACUGUUGAGCUUUUGCAUUCAAACAUUCUAAUAUUCCCCGCGUGUUCUACCUCGCCUUUAUAAUCAAUCUUGUUUUUAUAAGCUUAAAUUGACACAUAUACAUAAAUAAAAAUAAAUAAAUAAAUAAACAAAUUCAAAUAAAUCAGACAAGAAAACGAGAUAAAGAAUAUCAUAUAUAAAGUAUCCACCAACCGCAGUUGUUAACCCUGCUAAUUAAGCUGCAUAUAUAUUUCUUUCAAUCUUUUUGUUUAACCAAGUUAUAUACAGACUCAUUGACCAUUAAAAAAAAAAAGGGUUAUAUACAGACUCUCUCCAUCCUUUUUUCUUCAGUUGAAAGGCCCCAAAAUUAGAAGAAGCAUGGUUUCAAGAAAGCAUCCUUGUGCAAUUGCAAUUGCUUUAUUCUUUGCUGUCAUGUUUUCUCAUGCAGCUGCAUAUGAUCCUUUGGAUCCAAAUGGGAACAUUACAAUCAAAUGGGAUGUCAUGUCUUGGACUCCAGAUGGCUAUGUGGCAGUGGUGACCAUGACCAACUUUCAAAUGUACCGGCACAUCAUGACCCCUGGAUGGACCUUAGGUUGGGUGUGGGCAAAGAAGGAGGUAAUAUGGUCAAUGGUGGGAGCUCAAGCUACUGAACAAGGAGAUUGUUCGAAGUUCAAAGGAACUAUCCCACAUUGUUGUAAGAAAAAUCCCACAAUUGUUGAUUUGCUUCCUGGAGUACCUUACAACCAACAGAUUGCCAAUUGCUGCAAAGGAGGUGUUGUGGCAUCUUGGGGACAGGACUCUUCUGCUGCUGUCUCUUCGUUCCAGGUGAGCGUUGGGCGAUCUGGAUCUUCCAAUAAAACAGUGAAACUCCCAAAAAACUUCACCUUGUUGGGUCCAGGUCCUGGCUACACUUGCAGCCAGGCUAAAAUUGUUCCAUCCACUGUCUUCCUUACACCGGACAGUCGACGAAAAACUCAAGCAUUGAUGACUUGGAAUGUGACAUGCACUUACUCGCAAUUGUUGGCUUCUCAGAAGCCAACAUGUUGUGUCUCCAUGUCUUCAUUCUAUAACUCUACCAUCACUCCUUGUCCUUCUUGUGCCUGUGGCUGUCAAAACAAACAGCAUUGUGUCAAUGCUACUGAUUCAAAGCUGUCAAGCGUUGUGGCAUUAAACAACCGUGCUAAAAGCAACUCCCCAUUGCUUCAAUGCACACAGCACAUGUGCCCCAUCCGAGUUCAUUGGCAUGUCAAGCUCAACUACAAGCAGUUUUGGCGAGUGAAGAUUGCCGUCACAAAUUUCAACUAUAGAUCUAAUUACACGCAAUGGACGCUUGUUGCCGAGCACCCCAAUCUCAACAAUAUCACCCAAGUUUUCAGUUUUGUCUACAAACCACUUGUCCCUUACACAUCCAAGAAUGAUACAGGAUUGUUCUAUGGAAUAAAAUUCUACAAUGAUGUACUAGUGGCAGCUGGGCCUGAUGGAAAUCUACAGUCAGAGUUGAUCCUAACCAAAGAUGAAGAAACAUUCACAUUCAAGGAAGGAUGGGCAUUCCCUCGUAAAAUCUACUUCAAUGGUGAUGAAUGCAUGAUGCCCCCACCUGAUUCUUACCCAUUUCUACCCAAUUCUGCACAUCGAAAUCUACUUUCACUCCCCAAGUUGGUUCUGAUCUUUAGCCUCCUUGCAGUUCUGGCCUUUUCCUGAUCAAUUUGAAUGGUUUCCAUGAUAAAUACCGUUACUACCUUCAUCACCAACAGGUAUGUGCAUAUACAUAUAUACAUAUACAUACACAUAUGCCAUUUUGAAGAGUAGAAGGUUCAGUUAGCUGGGGAGUGGUAAUGUUUUUUGAAUGUAAAAUUUGCAUGGUUCUAUAUAUAUAUAGAGAGAGAGAGAGAGGGAAAAGAAAAAAAAAAACAAAAAAAAAAAAAAAGGAAACCCCAAUAGUAUAUAAUCUUGCAAUUUGUUGUUAUUUAUUAUUGAAGGGGAAAUAAUGGGGAGAGAGAAAAAAAAAAAUUGUUCUUCUUAAAUUGUUGUAUACAAACAUCUUCAGGAACAUUUAUUUGUGUCACUAUCAGCAAAAUUCUAAAUUAUACUUUAAA